UUUGACUUUCGUCACUUAGAGUUAGUUGCUCUUUUAGUCUGUGGGUUUGUUUUGGUUUAAAAAUAGAGAGAUAUUCAAGAUGCAACCACAGAUCCUAGUGUUGAAAGAAGGGACGGAUCAGUCCCAGGGCCGCCCGCAGCUUAUCUCCAAUAUCAAUGCCUGUCAACUUGUCGUAGAUGCUGUACGUACAACUCUGGGCCCUCGUGGUAUGGACAAAUUGAUUGUCGACCACAAUGGAAAAGCUGUUAUAUCGAACGAUGGUGCUACUAUUAUGAAGCUGCUAGAUAUUGUCCACCCGGCUGCUAAAACCCUGGUCGAUAUCGCCAAGUCUCAAGAUGCUGAGGUCGGUGAUGGUACCACCUCUGUGGUGAUACUCGCUGGUGAGCUUUUGAAGAGGUUGAAACCGUUUGUUGAAGAAGGUGUCCACCCGAGGAUCAUCGUCCGCGCUGUGAGGACAGCCGGCCAAUUGGCUGUGGACCGAGUCAAGGAGUUGGCUGUCAAAAUUGAGAACAGGUCUCCGGAGGAACAGAGGGAACUUCUAAGCAAAUGCGCGUCAACAGCGAUGUCUUCGAAGCUGAUUCACCAGCAGAAAGGUCACUUUUCCAAAAUGGUGGUCGAUGCUGUCCUGUCAUUGGACGCCCCCCUACUGCCCCUGGAUAUGAUCGGGAUCAAGAAAGUGGCCGGAGGUGCGCUGGAGGACUCGUUCCUCGUGGCGGGCGUGGCUUUCAAGAAGACGUUCUCGUACGCCGGCUUCGAGAUGCAGCCGAAGAGCUACACCGAUUGCAAGAUUGCGCUGCUCAACAUCGAAUUGGAACUUAAAGCUGAGCGGGACAAUGCUGAGGUGCGCGUCGACAACGUGAAGGAGUACCAGAAGGUGGUGGACGCGGAGUGGCAGAUCCUGUACGACAAGCUGGCCGCGCUGCACGCCAGCGGCGCGCAGGUCGUGCUCAGCAAGCUGCCCAUCGGCGACGUGGCCACGCAGUACUUCGCCGACCGCGACAUGUUCUGCGCGGGGCGCGUGACGGAGGAGGACCUGCGGCGCACGCAGCGCGCGUGCGGCGGCGCCGUGCUGAGCUCCGUGCGCGACCUGGCGCCCGCCGCGCUCGGCGCCUGCGCGCGCUUCGACGAGCGCCAGGUGGGCGGCGAGCGCUACAACAUCUUCACGGGUUGUCCCGCUGCGAAGACAUGCACAAUGAUACUCCGCGGUGGAGCCGAACAGUUCCUGGAGGAGACGGAGAGGUCUCUACACGACGCCAUCAUGAUCGUGAGGCGUACCAUCAAGAAUGACGCCGUCGUCGCCGGCGGCGGCGCCAUAGACAUGGAGAUAUCGAAGCACCUGCGCGACUACUCCAAGUCGAUAGCGGGCAAGGAGCAGCUGCUGAUCGCGGGCGUCGCGCGCGCCUUCGAGGCGAUCCCGAGGCAGCUCUGCGACAACGCCGGCUUCGACGCCACCAACCUGCUCAACAAGCUCCGCCAGAAGCAUCACCAGGGUGAGGUGUGGUUCGGAGUGGACAUCCAGAAGGAGGACAUCGCCGACAACUUCGCGUCGUGCGUGUGGGAGCCCGCCAUCGUCAAGACCAACGCCAUCACCGCGGCAUGCGAGGCGGCCGCUCAGAUCCUCUCAAUCGACGAAACGAUAAAGAACGUGAAGGGCGGCGGAGACAUGCCGGCGCCGGGACGCGGCAUGGGCCGGCCUCGCAUGGGAUAACGCCCCCCCCCCCCACACAAGACUCACUCGCACGCUGCGGCGAUCUCACCCACUACUCUUAUCGCCUGUCUCGCUCUGUCGCAAUGUUUCCAAUCAAAUACAAGCACCGUUUGGCUCACUUCAUUAAACAACGCGUCCCGAGUCGUUGUUUGACAAAUAAUGCAUUCAACUCGACGUGACGUUUCAAAUACUUCGAGCGAGACGGAAUUGACAACAAUCAGAUCGAGACGCCUGUGGAAUAAAUACAAUUGUAUUUAAUGUAAUAAUUCCAAACGACAUCAUCUUGUCUCUUUCCAGUCGGCUGAUAUACUUUUGUAAGAAAGAGAUGGCAAUGUCGGAAGUAUUGUUUCAAUGUUAUCGUUUUCAAUUCUCAUUUCAUAGUGCGUUAAUUUAAUUUGUUAACAAAAAGUGCUCUAAUGUCGGGCAUUUGUUGGUCACUUAAUUACUGUACCCAUUGUAAACGCAUCUUUAAUUUUACAAAAUGACACUUUGCUUUGUAGCAUCGAAAACUCGCGAAGGCGCGCCCCUCCGUUAAAUUCUUUCUUACUAACAGUAUUUGAAACGGGAUAUUUACCAUGUUUUU